AUGACACAAGUACCUCAUCGUUUGGACGAGACCGAAAAGACGCAGCAGAAGUUUAUGGAGAACUUGACCGAGCUGCAAGACCGCACUUCGAGAAGAGUUCGUUUUGAAACUUUCAAGAAAGAACGUGCUGAUGUCAAGAGGAGAUUUGACGAAGUCCACCGUCAAUUGGAAGACCGAACAGUCCAUGCUGUCAGGAGAGGAGAGCACAAGGUUCUCGAGCAUGAUCUUGAUCAAGAUUCCCCAAACCUCGAAGAUGAUGGCGGCGAGGACGACCGCGAAGCCCAAGACAUGGUCUUUGAUCAAGAAGAUGACCAAGAGCAAAGACCAGUCGAUUACCAAGUCGAAAUUUUUGAAGAAAAUGGAGACAACAAUCUCUACGACUACGAUGACAUCGAUCUGCUCCAAAAGGGCCCUCCAACCACCAGUUCCGACGAUGGUGUUGCAGAAUCCGACGAUGAUGUUGCAGAAUCCAACGAUGGAGAGGACUUCUCUGUCUGGCUUGAUGAUCAUGGCGACCUUCAAACAAAUGUCCAAGACCCGGAUGAUACUUGGAACGAUCUUCUGGAAGUCUGGGUGAAGCAGAAAGCAGAGUUUGAGAACAAGAACAAGGAUUGGCUGUCUGUCGACUUGAAGAAGCUUCCGCUGCAAUGUUUGAGGACCGUCGUGUUCCCUCGGACUCAGAGAUGGACCAAGUCGAGUCCUGGCGCAUACGCGUACAGCACGACCCUGGAGCUGGUCGACACCAUUGGGCUGCUCGCAAUGAAACCCUACCUACCUCUGAAUGACAAGAUUGAGGAUUCAGAGCAACCCGAAGUCAAGGUUGUCGUCUUUCUGGCAUGA